AUGGGAAAAGCGGAGUCCAGAAAGAGCCUAUAUACCUGCCGUGUGCGCAGGGAAGAAUUCAAGGUGCAGAGAGACCUGAUAAGUCACCACUGGAUGGUUCAUAGGAAAAAGGAACUGUAUUACUGUAGCGAGUGUGGGGAGAGCUUUAGGAGAAAGAAGGAGUUCAGAGCACAUGGGAAAGCUCACAGAAAGAAGAGAGACCAUCCCUGUUCUGAAUGUGGGAAGAUAUUCCACCAGUUAUCGAAUCUCAUUGUCCACCAGAGAAUCCACACUGGAGAGAGACCCUAUCACUGUGCUGAGUGUGGAAAAAGAUUCUUAUACUUAUCAGCUUUUACCAUCCACAAGAGAAUCCACUCAGGAGAGAGACCCUAUGCCUGCACUGAGUGUGGAAAGCAAUUUAUGGAUUCGUCAACAUUGCGUAAUCACCAAAGAAUCCACUCAGAAAAGAGACCCCAUCGCUGUAACCAAUGUGGGAAAGGCUUCAAACUUACAUCAAAUCUUACUAGGCACCAGAAAAUCCACAGCGAAGAGAGACCCUUCUUGUGCCACGAGUGUGGGAAAAAGUUCUGCCUACGAGAACAUCUGAUCAGACAUCAGAUGAUCCACACUGGGGAGCAGCCCCAUUGCUGUGCUAAGUGUGGGAAAAAAUUCAGUCUCCUUCAAAGUCUCAGGAGACACCAGGAAACCCAUACUCCGGGGAGACUCCAUCCCUGUGCUGAGUGUGGGAAAAUAUUCCGUCAUUCAAACAGUCUUUUUAAACACCAGAGAGUGCACAAUGGGAAACUCCAUCGCUGCAGUGACUGUGGAAAAGGCUUUGUCUAUAUACAUCAUCUCACUCGCCACCAGAGAAUCCACACUGGAGAGAAGCCCUAUUGCUGCACUGAGUGUGGGAAAAGUUUCACCCAAUCGUCAGGCCUCAUCAACCACCAGAGAAUCCAUUCAGGAGAGCGACCCUAUCCCUGCACUCAGUGUGGGAAGUGCUUUGCUCACUCGUCAUCUCUUACUGAACAUCUGAAAAUCCAUUCAGGAGAGCGACCAUAUUCUUGCAUUCAGUGUGGGAAGCACUUUGCUCGUUCAUCAUCUCUUACUCAGCAUCAGAGAACCCACCCAGGAGAGCAACCAUAUUCCUGCACUCAGUGUGGGAAGCGCUUUGCUCGCUCAGCAUAUCUUACUAAACACCAGAGCACCCACUCAGAAUAG